GAGCAGUGGGCGGGACCCAGCACACUCCACUAAUUACCGGCUACCUGCAGUAAAUUACAGGAGGCAAAGGAGAGAAGAUCAGUCACCCUGCACAGGGAGAGAGAGCAGCAGUGAGCGGUCUUUAUUACAGGAAGCUCCUACACAGGGAAAGUCGCACACUGGAUGACUGCACAGAUCUGGAAGAAAUACACAAAGCACACCAAGCAUCAAUUGUGUUCCAGUGGUCCAUUGUGGGAGGGCAGAAGAAGUGUGAGCCUGUGCCCUGUAUGCCCAAGAUUUGGAGUUUUCACUGAGCCUGCACCAUUAAUUAGACUGGCCAACAUAGCAGAUGGCUCCCAAAAAGAUGAUCAUUGCGGCAUUCGUAAUACUACCGUGUUUGAGCAUGCUCUCAUACAUCAUUUACAUUGAUACUUUCAAAAGGAACCCCUCUAUAAAGUUGCAUGGAGACACCUGCAAACAAAACCCUCCUUUCUUGGUUCUGCUGGUGACCACGACACAUGACCAGAAGACAGUGCGCAUGGCCAUCAGAAAAACAUGGGGGCAGGAGCAACUCAUCCUUGGAAAACGAGUGGUGACCUUCUUUCUUCUUGGCACCAAUCCAACUCCUAGUACUGAGAAAGACGCCUUUUUAUCAGAAGAAAUUGACACCUACAAAGACAUCAUCCAAAAAGACUUCAUGGACACAUAUGACAACUUGACUUAUAAAACAUUAAUGGGCAUGGAAUGGAUUACUAACCAUUGCCCUCAGACACACUACGUCAUGAAGACAGACGUGGACAUGUUUAUCAAUACAUUUUACCUUGUCCAACUACUCAUGCGUAAAAAACAGACUUCAAAUCUUUUCACAGGUUUUCUAAAGCCAACCGAUGCCCCAAUACGUGAUAAAAACAGCAAGUGGUACGUAAGUGAAAGCGAGUUCAGCGGUGAUAAAUACCCCCCGUUUUGUUCGGGUACUGGCUACGUGCUCUCUGUAGAUGUUGCCCAAAGGAUCUACAACAUAUCUUUCUCCGUACCGUUCCUUAAACUGGAAGAUGUGUACAUAGGGAUGUGUCUGGAGAAACUAAAUAUCGGGUUGCAGGAACUUCACGAUAAACCUGUGUUUUUUCCAUCAAAGCCUCCAUUCUCUGUGUGUACCUAUCGGAACCUUGUGACGUCUCAUAGGGUCGAGCCACACGAAAUGAUACUUUAUUGGGAUACCUUGGAGAAGGCACAAGACGAAAAAUGUUAAGAUGCACUUUUCUUUUCUAAAAUUAAUACGGUGAACUUUUAAGAAACCUUUACUUGCACUGUGUAAUGCCCUGUACACACGAUCGGUUCAUCCGAUGAAAACGGACCGAUGGAUUUUUUCAUCAGAUAUCCGAUGAA